AUGUCGCAACCGCAAAAUGUCGCCUCGCCGGUAGCCCAACAUCACACCGAUACCGAGCCUGAAAAGCAAGAGCAGCAGCAGGAUACACACGAAAUGUCCGAGAAGCAAGACGGGCCAGAGGCACACGACGAAAAAGAAACAACAACCACAACGAAGGACAAACAAGAAGAUUUAGGCAUGCACAAAAAAGACGAAGACAGCAUAGCAGAGAAAUAUGAGGAUAAGGCUGAAGACAAGCACGAAGACAAGCACAAAGAAAAACCAGAAGAGUCAAAUGACAAGCCUGAGGGAAAUCAACAACAGCAGCUGUCGCAAAACGACACCAAGGUCGAAAGACUCUCGUCUGGCACGGAGUCUGACGACACUAUGUCUGCAUCUGACGCUGAUGAUAAAUUCGAAGAUGCUGUAACGCAGUCCCCGGCAAGGUCCCUUACCAAACGAAAUAUUUCACAGGCUAAACGCCGUGACAGCGAAGUGGAGGAGCGAACCGAUCGGCGGUCUGAAGAGUUGCAUCCCCAAGAGGAUACUCUAGACACAAACGUCACUCAGCAUAAAGCCACUGGAUUCGAGGCAGGCAGCGUCAAAGGAAAGCAAUCACGACGCAAACCGUCAAUAACUUCCACACGAAUUUCCAAUACUUCAAAUCUGGACAACGUUAGUCUUGACGACGAUACGCCCCCAUCUCCAGUGCCAAAAGAUCUUCCACCGAAACCAAACAGCAAGACGAUAUCUCUGAACAGCAUCUCUCUUCCGUCUAUGCCGUGGUCGCCCGCCGCUGAUGCUUCCAAAAGCCCUGUGCCAUCAACAGCUACACUUGCGCCCACCCCACCAGUGCCUCAGCCUCCCCCACCACCCAGUCGAAAGCUGACAAGCCCUUUCUCUUGGCUUUCUCGAAGCUCCAGCAAAGAGAGAGAACCUCCGCUUCCACCCCCCCCUGCUGGCCGAAGGAACACAGCUGGUUCGAUUGCAACACUAUCAAGCAAUCCUGAAAUGAUGUUGAGUCGACUCGAGGAGGAAAAGGAUGGAGACUCACUACUCGGUGAUCCUGCCCAACGGGUCACUCUGAAAGACAGGUUCAAGCAAUUGCGACAACAAGAAGAGGCUGCUCGCGCAAUCGCCGAAGGUGACAGUAGUAAAUAUGACGGAGCUCUUGGCCUUACUUUGCCGGGUGAUGAAGGCCAACCACAAGAGAAGCCUCCGUCGUCGCCUGUUCCUCAGCCUAUUCCUGGGCUGGCCCCCGGCACAGUAGCGGGAGUCAACGCAGGACCUUCGGCCAUUUCAGAAGAAAAAGUUGAUUGGGACUUGUGGCAAUCUGUUGUAUAUGAGGGGCCAGCUGCUGUUGCUCGAACCAGCGCCGAGGAAUUGAACAAAGCUAUUGCAACCGGCAUCCCUAGUGCAAUCCGUGGCGUUGUCUGGCAAGUGUUGGCUGAUAGCAAGAACGAUGACUUGGAAUUAGUAUACAAAGAUCUGGUGGCUCGCGGUACAGACAAGAGCAAAGACCGUCACAGUAAUAGUACGACUGCUAGUUCGCUGAGCAACGGAAACCUCAGCGUUCAUAGCGGGGAUGCCGUCACAUCGUCAGCCUCUUCCAUCAAUUCGGACCACUCAGGAACAAAUGGCACGCCAUCUCCUAACGAGAAGAGCGUGGAGGCUGUUUUGAAAGCUCAAGCUGCCGCAGCGGCUGAGCGGAAGCGGAAGGACAAGGAGGACGCGGCGACACUACAGAGACUGGAAAAGACAAUACGCCGGGAUCUUGGUGCUCGAACCAGCUAUUCUAAGUAUGCGGCUGCCGCUGGGCUUCAAGAGGGCCUGUUUGGUGUCUGCAAGGCAUAUGCCCUUUUUGACGAAGGUGUUGGCUACGCCCAGGGUAUGAAUUUUCUCAUUAUGCCACUACUAUUUAACAUGCCUGAGCAGGAAGCUUUCUGUCUUCUUGUUCGACUGAUGAAUCACUACAAGCUGCGAGAUUUGUUUAUCCAAGAUAUGCCGGGAUUGCACAUGCAUCUUUAUCAGUUCGAGCGACUUUUGGAAGACUUCGAGCCAGCAUUGUAUUGUCACCUUCACCGGCGAGGAAUAUCUCCUCACCUCUAUGCCACGCAAUGGUUCUUGACGCUUUUUGCCUACCGGUUCCCUCUUCAACUAGUACUCCGCAUCUACGACCUUAUUUUCUCCGAGGGCUUGUCAGCAAUUCUACGCUUCGGAAUUGUUCUAAUGCAGAAGAAUGCCAGCAUUCUCCUGGGAUUAUCUGACAUGCAGCAACUCACCACAUACCUUAAGGACAAACUGUUCGACGUCUACAUCGAUAAAGAUCCUAGCCAUGACAGUCUUCUUGAGAAUGGUUUCUUUGGAAGCUCGAGCUCUAGCAUCGAUAAGGAGGUCUAUCGUGCAGACCAGCUCGUAAAAGAUGCCUGCGAAGUUAAAAUCACACCGGAAAUGCUCAAAUCUUAUACCACAGAAUGGGAAGAGAAAACCAAGGCCGAGAAGGAUCGCGAGAACGAACUCUUGGAGCUCCGCACAAUGAACCAUAAUCUCUCCAUUCAAGUCCGGAAACUGGAGGAGAGGGUUGAAGUAUGCGAUCGUGAGCAAGCAGAUCUGGCCACAGAGCUUGUUCACACAAAGGUUGAAAACCAGGAACUCAAAGAUGAGAAUGACAGCAUGAGGGGUCAAGUUCGGGAGUUAAAGAUCGUCAUCGAGAAGCAACCCAUGGAAAUAGAGGAGACAUGGAAACUUGAGCGGGACGAUCUGAUGAAACGCAAUAUGCAUGUCCAUGAGGAGAAUCAAAGACUCGAAAAAGAGUUGUCCGAGUUGGAAGAAGAGUUGGUCCAGACAAAGCUGCGCUAUGCAGAGAUCAACUCUCAGCACGAGACCUUGAAUCGUAAGUGGACUGACCUGAAGCGUCAGUUUGCAUGA